AUGUCGAGCCAACAACCCGUGGACAUACCCGAGUCUUCGCAGUCGCUGCCCGAAAAAGACUCCCCAGAUAUCACGAUCAGCGAUGAGUCUAGAGCUCCUGAAUAUCCAGAUGGAGGUCUGAGAGCUUGGGGCGUGGCCUUUGGCACUGCUGGAAUCAUGUUUUCCACUCUGGGCUAUGUGAACUCUUGGGGUGUUUACCAGGCCUAUUACCAUACUCAUCAACUGCAUGGCGAGACUGCCUCAGCAAUUUCCUGGAUCGGUUCGCUCCAGUCGUUCUUUCUUUUCGGAUCCUCCCUCGUCGGUGGCCCACUCUUCGAUCGAUACGGCGCGAAGGUCAUCUACCCGCCGGCACUUGUAUUCGUGUUUACCAUUUUCAUGACAAGCCUGUGCAAGGAGUAUUACCAGUUCAUGCUUGCUCAGGGCUUUCUCAGUGGUGUCUCGCAAGGUCUCAUUAUGUCACCCGCUAUGGCAGCAACGCCCCAGUACUUCAAGAAGAAGCGAGGUACGGCCAUGGGUAUCGCCGUUGCAGGGUCAUCCAUCGGCGGCGUUAUACUUCCGAUUGCUUUGAAUAGGAUGCUCACCAAGACCAAUCUCGGCUUUGGAUGGUCUGUUCGCAUUGAAGCCUUCCUCAUUCUGGGGGUCCUUGCCGUUUCUUGCCCUCUGGUUAGGGCCCGGGUUCCCCCGCGGAAGAGCAAUUUCCUGCUACCGCGGGCAUUCAAGGAGUUGAACUAUGCUUCGCUUGUCAUAGGUUCGUGGUUCACUUUUCUCGGGCUCUACCCCCCGCUUUUCUACCUUCCAUCGUACGGCAUUGCCCAGGGCAUGAGUCCGACGCUUGCCUUCUACCUGAGUGCCAUCCUCAAUGCCGCCUCGUUCCCCGGGCGUAUCGUCCCUGCAGUUUUGUCCGAUAAAUUCGGCAGGCUCAACACCUUUGCCGGUGCUGGAAUAUCCACAGGCGUUCUCACCCUGUGCUGGCAGCGCGUCGAGGGCAAUGCCGGGGUUAUAGUCUUCACUGCGUUAUUUGGCUUCUUUUCUGGGGCGAUCAUCUCUGGUGGAACUGUUGCUCUCACAUCCUGCACCAAGGAGGCGAAGAAUAUCGGAACAUACAUGGGUAUGGGCAUGGCCUGUAUUUCGAUCUCGGGGUUGAUCGGGCCUCCCAUCAGCGGCGCACUAAAUGAUACGAAACUGGGCUAUGAUGCGAUUUCGAUAUUCGCAGGUCUGGCCUCGUUGAUCGGAGGUCUUUUUGUUUUCUUUGUCGUCAAGCCUCUGAGCGGGCUUGCGCUUUUGUCUCGGGGGUGA